AUGUUUAAGGGGGAUGAAAAACACGACACCUGGAUCUUCUGUCUGGCUCUUCUGCUCAGCAGCACUCUGGUGUACAACAGCUUAGGAGUCAUAGACAAUAUGGCACUGGAAAAACUGCAUUAUGUGACAGAGCUGAGAGAGCACAUCCAUGUGAAGUCGGUGAGAAACAAUAAGGAUGAUUCUGCAGAAUUCAUGAGUGUUUUUCCAACUUUUGUCUGGACUGUUCGUGAUUUCACUCUGGAACUAAUAAAGGACGAUGAAACGAUCACAUCUGAUGAAUAUCUGGAGGGAGCUUUAAAACUCAAGACAGGCAGUUCACCUCAGAUUGAGCAGUAUAACCUGCCCCGCCGCUGUCUGCGGAAUUUCUUUGCGGUGAGAAAGUGUUUUGUAUUUCCUCGGCCUGCUGGAACGAAGGAGAUGAGAAGAAUGGAGAAGCUGACUGAAGCAGAGCUGGAUCCAGAGUUCCUGCAGAAGGCAAAACAUUUCUGCGAAUACAUCUACAGCAGUUCAGAGUCGAAAACUGUCACGGAAGGUCGCACAGUCUCCGGACCUGUUCUGGGUACUCUGGCUGAGGUGUAUGUGGAGGAAAUCCGCAGAGGAAAUGUUCCAUGUCUGGAAAAAGCAGUGGUGUCCCUAGCUUGGAUCCAUAAUGUCCAAGCAGUGGAUAAGGCCCUGCAAACCUACAGGACUGAGAUAUUCAGUUUAAUCCAGAUUCCAGUUGAUCCAAAACAGCUGUCUAACAUCCACAAAAGUGCAGAGAAGAAAGCCAUUGAAGUUUUCAUGAGCACAUCCUUCAACGACAUAGAACAUAUUUACCAACAAAAGCUUGCGGAGAAGAUUAAAAAAGAAUAUGAAAAUUUGUGUGAAAAGAAUAAGGCAGCAUCUGUGAGUAAGUGUCAGAGAGUUCUGCUUUGUGUGUUUGAGCCACUGGAAAAUGCCCUCCGUGACAGAUCGUAUUUGAAACCUUGUGGAUACAGACAGUACAGAGACACAUUUGCACAGCUGGCUGAGGAGUACAGAUCACAAACACGCACACAAAUAAUGAGUGAGGAGGUGUUGAGUAAAUAUUUGGAAAAGAAGGAGGAUUCUGGAAUGAUCAUUUUAGCUGCUGCUGCUGAAUCUCUGACUGAAGCGCAACACCAGCAACAGGUUGCAAGUUUACAGAAGGAUGUUUUAGAACAGAUGCAAAAAGGUCUAGAGGAACAAAACAAGUUACUGCAUCAGAUGCUUUAUGACAUGCAAAGAACCUAUGAUGAGCAUGUGAAGCAGCUCAUGGAGAGGAUGGAGAAAGAACAGGAGAGAACGAGGCGAGACAAUGAACGAGUGAUGGAUGCUAAACUUAAGGAACAGGAGGCUCUUCUACAGCAGGGCUUCCAGCAGGAGGCUUCACGCCUGCAGAUGGAGAUCAACAGUCUGAGAUCACAGAGGAGCAGUGGAGGAGGCCUCUGCAGCAUCUCCUGA